AUGCAGCCAAGUCUGGAAGAGCCGGUUAUUGGUGGAUGCGGCCACGAAGCCGCGUCGACGAUCAGUUGCGACAUUGCACCAUCGCAUCUCGCCAUUGGAGACGUGUGGAUGGACGAUCUGGACACUAUUAAGUUCUAUCCAUCUCCAACGGGCGCGCGCCGUGAAAAAAAAAAAACAUCGUCUUUGCGCGCUGCAAAUCAUUGCUGCGGAUUACACUUGACACUGUACAAUACCGUCGACGCAUCGCGGGAAAUGGCGACGGCGGCGGCCAACAGAACAGGUCCUCCGGGACAGCCUGACAUUGCGUACACGCCGAACUGGGACACAUACCAAGAGCGCAUCAAGAGACGCCAAGAGACCGAGAAAAUCAAUGGCACUCUCCCCGACGGGUUUCCGCAAAAGCUAGAGUCCAGCUUGGCAUGGACCGGGGCCACCGUCACCGACCAGUACGACUGGUCCUACGAGUUGAACCAGUCUGAGCUGGAGGAGAUUCAAGAGGCCCUGGAUUACUUCAAGAGCCAGAACAAGUCGCUCGGCGAGAUCAGCCAACUCACCUUUCCUCUGCCCAAACUCCAUCCCCGUCUGCGGUCCAUUUCCGCCGACGUGCACAACGGCCACGGGUUCAAGGUCGUCCGAGGCAUUCCAAUCGACAAGUACAGCAGGGAAGAAAACGUCAUCAUCUACGCAGGCAUCGCCUCCCACGUGGCCACCAUCCGCGGGCGGCAGGACCACGAGCACAACGGCCGCCCGGCCGACGUCGUCCUCGCGCACGUCAAGGACCUGUCUACCCACGCAGACGCAAAGAACAUCGGGUCGCCCGCGUACACGACCGAGAAGCAGGUGUUCCACACCGACGCAGGCGAUGUGAUUGCCCUGUUUGCCCUGGCCGCCGCGGACGAGGGCGGCGAGAGCUUCCUGUCCAGCAGCUGGACCGUGUACAACGAGCUGGCUGCCACGAGGCCCGAUCUGAUCCGGACGCUGGCCGAGCCCUGGGAUGUCGAUGAGGCAGAUCAAUCCUCAGAGUUUCUCACGCGCUGCAGAUUCGGCAAGACUGGCCCCCCGGGAUACACGCCCCGGCCGCUCCUGUACCACCAGCCCGCCGGGGAGAAGGGCCCCGAGCGCGUCAUUAUCCAGUAUGCCCGGCGGUCGUUCACGGGCUACUGGGGGCUGCCGCGGAGUGCGGACAUCCCGGCCAUCACGGAGGCGCAGGCCGAAGCGCUUGAUGCGGUGCACUUCACGGCCGAGAAGCACGCGCUGGCUCUCGAGUUUCGCCCCGGCGACAUUCAAUUCGUCAAUAAUUUGAGUAUUUUCCAUGCCAGGGGAGGCUUCCGCGACUCUCUGGAAAAACAACGCCACCUUAUCCGCCUGUGGUUGAGAGACGAGGAACUGCACUGGGACACGCCUGCUGCGCUGCAGAGCAGGUGGGACAGGGUGUAUGGCAAUGUGACUCCUGAGAAGCAAGUGUUUCCUCUGGAGCCGUCGAUCCGGUCGGCUUCUUCUGGUGUAAAGGCCAAGCAGGACGCGCUGCCAUUGUCGUCUGUGGCCGUUGCUAUAAGUGCUUAA